AUGUCGGAGAGCGCGGGCUCAGGGCGUCCGGCCGUCGCGUCGCCGGACGUCCGCGGCUGCCGGGAUCUCGUCGCGCCCGGGCGGCUGUUCAUCGUGACAGUCUCUUCAUCGCCGCUUCGCCUUAAUCGUGGUUAUGAUUCACGGAUUACGCUGAGCGGUGUAACUUACGCAACGGGCGUCGAACUGAGCUACGACCGCGGUAGUCUGAAUGCGGUGGUGCGAGCGGGAUGCGUGUCAGUUAUAAGGGAGAGUCCAGAGCAGCGCGCGCUCAGUGUGCCCGAGUGUCCCGUGUUGCGUGUGCGCACUCCCUCGUGUAUCGUAAGACGCAGAUACCCGCCAACCACCUCCAACAUGCAGCUUGUUCUAGCAACUUGCCUCCUGCUCUUCGCAGCCACCUUCGGCCCGUCUGCAGCCCAGAGGAUAACGACCAUCCAGUUAGAUGGCGUCCAGUACUUUAUCUCGCGGAUGAAUCCCUACAGCCCGGAGCUCAACUACUUCCUAGCCUAUCAGUAUUGCAGAUCGUUAGGUCUCCAACUGGCGUCGUUCGAGACGAAAGAAAAGGCAGACUCCAUAACGACGUAUCUAACUAAUGCAGGUUACAACAAAUACGACUUCUGGACGUCGGGUAACAACCUAGGCACUGACAUGUACCUGUGGAUGAGCACGGGGCUACCGUUCAACGCCACAUUCAACUACAUGCGGCGCGUGGCGAUGGACGCGCCCGCCAUGCACCCUGACGACAGUAUCGACCCGCUCGACAUGCCGCAGGGCAGCACGGCGCCCCAGCGCACCGCUAGGCAUGGUCGGUAUUCCAGGACUGAACACGUGAUGACGAACGGCUGCGUCGCCCUCAAAGCGCCCACAUUCCACUGGGAGCCGCAGCACUGCGGAGAGAUCAAGGACUUCAUCUGCGAGCAGACGCGUUGCUACUACUACAACUAUGGCUCCAUCCCCGUGUCUUCCGCGCAGGGAAAGCCGCUCUCGUUGACGACCACAACCACCGCGCACCCGCUCACAUCUUCGUCACCUCCGCCACCGAUCAACGAGCACCUGCCUACACACUUCACACUGAACGACCUCAUCGGAAAGAUGCGCCCCUCGUCUCUCGACGGCUUGGAGUCUCCUCACCUAAAGUCGGGUGCACUUCUCAAGUCGAAUCCGCAGAUUGAUUCUCACUACUCGCGGGCUUCGGAUGCGCAUGCUCGUGAUCAUGAUCAUGAGGAGAAGGAAGAGCCUACGCAAGGCCCGUAUGAGGACGACGAGGGAAUGAUGGUUGGCGAUGAUCCUGCAGCAUAUUUGGCGAAGGAGGCGCGCGAGGCUCCAGUUGAAGACCCAUCAACUGCCGAACCGGACGCUACAGAACAUUCCGUCCACGCCAGCGGCAUGCUGGCACCUCCCGCCUAUUAGCGUCCAUAACGGCAUAAGCUUUAGUGUUCUAUCCUUAUGACAAUUAGGUAUUGCGACUACCAAAAGUAUUAUUUUUGUAUAACACAGACACUCAAGGGUGCUUAAGAUUAGGAGCUUGCGUGCAGUGGGUGCAUUUGGUUAAAUCGAUAUAUGCAAAUGGUUUUGUAAUUUUUGAGUUCAUCAACGAAAGAUUGUUAUUAUUGGUGAUCUUCGAUGGUUUCUUUGGGGCAAUAUCAAACGUGAAGGUGCUGGCGACUCGCCGUAAGCGACUUGCCUCCGUCUUCAAAAAACGGUGAAUAUCACAAAAUGACUAUUCUACAAAACUUAGGUACCUAAACUUCGCUAGGAUAGUUAAGCCGAGUUUUAGAUCUCUCUGUUUCCGUUUAAACCGUAAUGUAUUAAUGUAAUUUAAGAAAAUUAUGCAGAUAAUUAUUUUUCGGGACAUAUCACUGGAAAUAGAACUAUAAAAUAGUGUUUAUAUGCGUGACAUACCUAGGUAAGUGUAUUAAGUUGAAUCUCAAGAAUUUAAAGAUAGUGAUGUAGCGAAGGAAAUAAAGUUUAAACUUUGUAAAAUU